UAUCAAAAUACAGUCACACUGCAUUGGACUUUCAGAUUUUUUUCACAAAAUAUUUUUUAGAAUAUACCAAAAUAAUUACCACAAGCAGUUAUUAAAGACCGAUUUUGGCGCUCAUCGUUCAAAGAAGGAUUUUCAUCCUAUUCCGACGAUCUUAUCAAAUUUUAGACAUUGACAAUGCAUAAGUUCAUUAAGCAUGAUCCGGACGACAAGAAAGUGAAGCGACUGUACCACCAGCGCUAUCGCAGCGAAUGGGAGAAGUUCCCUUCCUUCUCCAGCUGGCUCCGUCCUAGCAACGAUGGCUACUCGGCGCACUGCUCUAUCUGCGAUGCGAACGUCUUAGCUAGACUGGCGUCCAUCAAGCAGCAUCUCAUCACCCGGAAGCAUCAGGAAAGUUCCAAACGCGUCGGCAUUCUGUCGCAGAAUAUGGUCAAGAGUGAGCUCUGCAAGAUGGAACACGAUCCGGAAUUGGAGGCUUCAAUUACUUUACCCAAACCGAAGGUAAAGCCCAAAGCGAAGCCCAAGCCAAAGAGCAAACAGUCAAAGAUUAAGAACGAGGUAAAGGAAGAGCACAUGGAAGAAGACGAAAUUGCCUCGAACGACUCAAUUCUAGAUGAUUUGCUGGGAACCGAGCCUCUCGAGCAGGAGUAUGUGGUAGAGAACGAGCUGCUCGAAGACCAACAGCAGGAGCCGGAUGUCCAUGACCAGGUGGCCUAUGAAGAGGAGCUAAUACACAUCAAGCAAAACGAACCAGAGCUGCACGGCGAAUAUCGUGCGGACAGCAUGUCGGAGGAUGUCAUUAUCAGCGAAUUUGACUUGUUCGGCAAGAGCUUGGCGCUGCAGUUGAACAACAUGGAUUUGGAGGACGCCCUUCUCUGCCAGGAGCGUCUGCAAGUGGUGCUUACUGAGUUCCGCCUGAAAAUCCUUAAGCGCCAGAGGGAGGGCAAACGCAAUACUUAGGCUUACGUUUUAUAUCAAUUUUAGUUGUCUUAUGUACAUAGAAUAAUCUUUUUACAAACUAAAUAAAUAACUACUCCGCCUCGA